UCAACCAGAAAGCAGCAAUUCAAGACACAAGACAAAGAAAUGUUUUGCCACAGUCCCGGACUGAUCUCGAAUGGGUAUUAUCAUCCCAAUCAACAAAUCUCCUAUGCAGAGCACCCCGUCAGGAGGAGAAACCGCACAGUUAGUGAACUCAGUGCACGGGAUUAUGAGAAACUGAAAGCAAAAAUGUUUCGCUACGGACCCAGGUUGAUCUCGAAUGGGUAUUUUCAUCCCAGUCGACAAAUCUAUGUAGAGCACCCUGACAGGAGGAGGACAGUUAGUGAAAGCACACAAAAUUAUGAGAGACUGGAAGCAUGUCCUAUUCUCACUCCUGAACAACUGAUAGGUCAACAUACACCUCCUCCUACAGAGGGUCGUCCUCCUCCCAUGCAAGAAGCUGAAGAACCUCCAGUCUUAAAUCACUUCACGCCCUCAAUAGUCACUUCCCUCAUGUAUUAUUUGUAUGUCUUUUUAGUGCUUGCCGUUCUUCUUACCAUGCUUUGCAGUGUUUUCCACAUGUCGGAAAAACAAUAUGUAAACCACACAAUGAUACAAGUCAUAAAAAAGCAGACGCUAUCACGUGAGGAAUUGGAAAAAAUCAUACGCAGGGCACUGAGGACUAAUGAUACUGGAAUGACUGACUACGCAUUGGAGUCUUUAGGCUCCACUGUGAUAAUCAAUUCAGAGACCCACAAACCCAGAUAUUGCAGUCAGUUUGACUUCAGUAUAUGGUGCAAAAAGUAUGGACCUGAAACAGUUCUACAGCCGGAUAUCUUCCCCGGGAAGUGCUGGGGAUUUAAAGGAUAUAAAGGCCACCUGGUCAUUGCUCUGCCGCACCCUGUACUAAUCACCCACGUUACCAUGGAGCACCUGCCAAAACUGUUCUCACCUCCUCGCCACAGGAAAAGCGCAACGAAAGACUUUGCAGUUUAUGGAAUAGUCAAUGAGACAAAGACAGAGAAACUUCUGGGAAAAUUCACCUAUGAUCAGAACGGAGAACCCAUCCAGACAUUCAACAUUCAGGGCUCUCCAAGUGAGAAGUAUGGGAUAGUGUCAUUGAGGAUCCUCAGUAAUUGGGGUCACCCUGAAUACACCUGUGUGUAUCGCUUCAGAGUCCACAGCCAGACAAGGAGUGGGUAAAAAAGGGAAUUAAGCAGGUGAAAAAAAAAUAAAUAGAAAUAAAAUAUAUAAAUAUAUCCAUUUCUAUUUUAUUUCUAUUUAAAAAAAAUUUCACCAGGGCGCACAGUGGCUUAGUGGUUAGCACGUUCGCCUCACACCUCCAGGGUCCGGGGUUCGAUUCCUGCCGGGGCCGUGUGUGUGCGGAGUUUGCAUGUUCUCCCCAUGCUGCGGGGGUUUCCUCCGGGUACUCCGGUUUCCUCCCCAGUCCAAAGACAUGCAUGGUAGGCUGAUUGGUGUGUCUAAAGUGUCUGUAGUGUAUGUGAUUGUGCCCUGCGAUGGACUGGCACCCUGUCCAGGGUGUACCCCACCUUGUGCCUGAUGCUCCCUGGAAUAGGCUCCAGGUUCCCCCGUGACCCUGAAGAAGGAGUAAGUGGUAGAAGAUGGAUGGAUG